CACACAGCUUUUGCUUGCCGGCUUUGCUUCUUUCAUGAAAUAUUUGUAAAUUGGUUUGAAAAACAUCUAUAUAAUUAUGGCUGAUGAUGAGCAAGAAGACCCAAAAGAGUAUCGCUGGGAGACCGGAUACGAAAAGACAUGGGAAGCCAUCAAGGAGGAUGAAGAUGGCAUGCUGGAUGGCGCCAUUGCGGAGAUUAUACAAAAGGCCAAGCGGCGCCGUCAGGCGGAGAAAACCAAACAGAAUCGUUUGGGCAUGAUGCGACAUUUGUUUAUAGUACUCGAUUGCUCUGAAUCGAUGAGCGUGCCGGAUUUGAAGCCUACACGCUUGCUCUGCACGCUUAAGCUGCUAGAGAUAUUCAUAGAGGAGUUCUUCGAUCAGAAUCCCAUUAGUCAGCUGGGCAUUAUAGCACUAAAGGCAAAGCGCGCCGAGAAAAUAACCGACUUGACGGGCACAUCGCGUGUGCAUCUUAAGGCGCUUGAAGGAUUGGCCAAAGUCGCAUUGACUAGCGAGCCAUCGCUGCAGAAUGGUUUGGAUCUGGCGCUUAAGACACUCAAGGUUGUGCCCUCGCAUGCUUCGCGUGAAAUAGUCAUUAUAAUGGGCUCGCUGACCACCUGCGAUCCCGUGGACAUUAAUCAGACUAUAGAUGAGCUGAAAAAGGAACGCAUACGCUGCUCGGUUAUUUCACUGUCCGCCGAGAUACAUGUAUGUCGCUACCUGACGCAGCAGACUAUGGGCAGCUAUGGCGCUGUGCUGGAUGAUGCACAUUAUCGUGAUCAGCUGCUAUCACAGGUGGAUCCACCGCCUGCUGCCAAGACACAGGAUAAUUCACUUAUACGCAUGGGCUUUCCGCAUAGCAAAAACGAAGUGGAAGGCAAAGAUGCGCCCAUGUCCAUGUGCAUGUGUCACAUAGAGAAUCAGGACGAGCCCAGCGAAAUGUCCACCACCGGACAUCAUUGUCCACAGUGCAACAGCAAGUACUGCGAGCUGCCUGUCGAGUGUCAAUGCUGUGGCCUAACCUUGGUCUCGGCGCCACAUUUAGCGCGCUCCUAUCAUCAUCUAUUUCCCGUGCCCAAUUUCGAGGAGCUGCCAUUCGAAUCACUGCCAGCCAACGAAACGGAUUGCUUUGGCUGCGCCAAGCUGCUCAAUGCGCUGGCGGACAAAAGUGUCUACAAAUGCGGCUACUGCAAGCAAUAUUAUUGCAUAGAUUGUGAUAUUUUUAUACACGAAACGUUACAUGCCUGCGUGGGCUGUAAUACGAUACCCGGCAUUGCGGGUUUGGUAUAUCAAAAGCAGCCCAAAGCUGCCACAGAGGGGCAGGAACAGCAGCAGGCGCAGCAAGCAGCGAAUGCCAAGCAGCGCAGUCAGUUUAGCAUAUGAAAUUCCAAUGCAACUUUAAGCAUUUAAGUUUGUUAAACAUUUUUUUAUA